AUGAAAUCCAAAAUCAAACAACUAAUACCAGAUCAAGAAACCGGACAAAAUAGCAUCGAUAAAAUGCGUGAAAGCAUCUUUGAAAGUGUUUGGGCUCAAACCAAUAAUGAUAGCAGUUGUAUGGUGUAUGUCGAUGAAACAGGUCGUGUUUAUAAAAAUUGGCAGUCGUUUUUGGAUGACAAUGUAUUGCCGGCCGGUACAAUGAUAUCGCCACGCCGUGGUGUUUAUAAUUUCUGUAUAAAUGGCAAUGUUAUUUUGGAUGCUUAUUGCACACCGAACGCUACACCGGGAGCAAAAGUUAUGAGUGCAGCACAAACUAGUACCGCUGUAUUGGGUGUGGGUGCUGCCUGUGUGCCAAUAGCUGCAGCACUUACUUUACCCGUUGCCGCUCCGGUAAUGGCCGCAGCCGGAAUAGUCGGUUUGGGCGUCGGUGCCUUUUCAACAGUAACAUCAGCAUUGAAUUUGAAUGAUCGUCGCAAACACGAGCAAUCCAUAAGCAUUACAGAUAGUCAAGCAAGGGCCAGUUAUUUGGGUAUUGCUGGUGGUCUUCUUGGUAUGGCAGCGGCUGGUGCUACACGAUUUUUAAAUAAUAUGGCUGCUGCAGGAAAUGCCACGGCGGCAAUUGAAGUCAUUGUUAACGGCAUUAAUAUAUCAACUAUACUUGUUUCGGGAACUGGCAUCGCCAAUGGUGUUUUGGAUAUAAUAUUUAAAUACCAAGAUGAUGAUACAAUUUCGACAUUGGAUGUACUGCAAUUAUCGGCUUCCUUGGUGUUAUUUACACAUUCUGUCUAUAACUUCCAGUUGGCAUCACAAAUUGCAAAUCAGGCACGCACAAAUUCAAUUAAAAGUUAUCGUGAAACUUUAAGUAAUCGUCAGAGGCGUAUGUUUGAUAAAAUGUCCAAGGAAACAAUGCGUAUUCGCGGUAAUACCAAAGGAAAAAUUGAUAUAAUACGAAAUAUUAAUAAAAUACCAGAUCGUCAAUACCUAAAUGAUCUAUUCAAAGUUAAUAAGCGACUAAACGAAGCGAAAGUACGUCCGGCAUUUGGGAAAUCCGGUAAAGGAGUUGUGUUAAAUAAUGAAAUGCUAGUUGAUACAGCAGUUCUAAGACAAAAUGUUAAUAUAUUGAAACAAGUGUCACAACCAAUACCAGCAGGACAUUUGGAUAAUAAUGUUGCAACGAACCGAACAACUGCUGCAACUGCACGGCUUUUCCUUAAUUCCGUUUCCGGUCGAAAUACCGCACUCAAUUUGGAAGAUACUCUAAAUGACAAUGGUGGUUCUUCUCGUAGCACAGCGGAAAUACUUGCAGUUUUGAGUGUGAUGUUACCAAACGGCGAUAUAAUUGACCUUUCUCGAUUUGGUGAAAAGUUUCUAACAAAAAUUGUCGAUGGUGAACAAUUUCAAGAUGUCAUCGAAACCAUGGCUUCAAAACUUCCGGAGAAAGUAAUCCUUUUUGUCCUGGACCUAACACAAUAUUUCAUGGAAAAUAUAUUGGAUCAAAUUGUUUAUGUCUUACAAUUUUCCAUAUCUACAGAGUCGGUUUUAUAUCGUAUUCUUAAGCGUAUACUAACCAGAUUCCAGCAUUUUACCUACGAACAAAUUUUUACAAAACGAAAGGAAAUAUUAGAAUACCUGAAAGAAUAUUAUUGGUCAUUAAAUUCCAAUAAUGUUGGUGCUAGAACUCGAUGCAGUAAAUGCAAUGGUUGGUAUACUAUAUGUGAGUUGUAA